UCACAUCAUAAUCUCUAUUAUUUGUCAAUAUCGUUUGUCAUAACAAGAACUACAUACAUUUCUACCAGUGUGUAUGAAGUCUUGAAAUUAAUUGAGGAUAGAUUUUUGAACGAUAGUUAAUGUUGAAAUAGUUAUUGUUUGAAUAGUAAUGAAUCUUGUAACGAGUAUUAUUUCAAUUAAAGAAAUAAAUGCCAUUCUCUGAAUUCGCGUAUGUGCUGUAGUUCCUUCGUUUUAUACAACUCGACGCGCAACAAUGAGUGAUAAAUCAUAUAAAGAUUUUCUGGUGAACUCGGAGAAAUCGUCUACAAUGAAAAACGAUUAUCUCCAAGAGUUAGGGCAAGCUUCAGCUUCAGUACCUAUCCCUGGCAACUAUCGGGACAUACCAUGUGUGUUUGACCAAUUCUCACCAUCUCCACUUGCAGAAGCAUGUCCAUGGAAUACAAAUAGGAAAGAAUUGAGUUUUGAACAUCCUGAUUCAGCAGUUCUUUCAUUAAAAAUGGACGAUGAUGAUGAUAUUUUCCAAGUAGAUCAAGCUGAUCUUAUUCAAGGGCCAACCUUGGCUGAACUAAACUCGAAUGAAGAUACUUUACUUGGAGAUCUCAAUUUUGAUGAUUUGCUAUUGCCUGAUGAAAAUAUUCCAUCAGAUAACAUAGAUGUUUCGAUUGAUUUUCCUACUGCAAAUACAAUUCUAUCUACAAAUAUAGUUAAUGUUGCUCCUAACAGCUUACCACAAACUACUCAUUUUCGUCGAGGUAGUCAAUCGGGAUCACUUUUAAGUGAUUCUAGUAAUGUGUUACCUAGCUGCCAGCCUGUAGGAAAACCGAUGUAUCAAUCAGCUUUGCACGAACUGUUGAUGAAACAACACGAUGCAUUCAGUAAUAAUUUUGGUGAUGGCCAAUUGGAUGCAACCCUUACUCCUCCAACUCGAUUUCAACAAUCCCGACUAUCUAUGUCUGCACCUGCUCAAACUUUGUGUUUUGAUCAGUUAUGGGCUCACCGAGAACCACGACAACAUUUACUGAGUACUGGCAGUUUGGGCAUUCGUGAAACUGGUUCAACUAGCAGUAUAAGUACGGGUGGUGCUUUAAGUCCAAAUCUGUCAAGUCACAUUGAUCUUCCAAGCCACGAUGAAGGAUAUGACGAUAGUGAUGAUGAUAGUGAUCACUAUGAAGAUUAUAGCAGUGAUAAUGAGUCAGGAGCUAGUGAAAACGAAGACAUAUUGCUGAGUUCAAAAAAACAUAAUGACGUACUUGCAAAAGAAAGUAAAUCUAGAAAAGAAAAGUUUUUUUGGCAAUAUAAUGUGCAGGCAAAAGGGCCAAAAGGGCAGAGACUUGUGGCUAGAGCUCGCCUCGAAAAUCCACAUGUUCUUCAUCAGGCAACUGAUCCAGUUUUUAGUCCUAAUUGCUCUCUUCAGGGUAUCAAACAUAGUGGCAAAGCCAGAAAAGGAGAUGGUAACGAUCUUACACCAAAUCCUCGUAAACUAAAUAGCAUCGGAAAAGAAUUAGAUAAACUAAACCGAAUAAUUAAUGAUAUGACUCCGGUUUCGGAGUUACCAUUCACAAUUCGGCCAAAAACUCGUAAAGAAAAAAAUAAAUUAGCCUCGAGAGCAUGCAGAUUGAAAAAAAAGGCUCAACAUGAAGCAAACAAAAUUAAACUCUUUGGAUUGGAACAAGAACACAAACGCCUCAUUUUGGGAAUUAGAAAUGCUAAAGAAAUACUCAAAUCUAAACUAGAAGAGGUAAACCCAGAGGUUCAAGAUGAACUUACGAAACAGAUGGAAAAAAUUUUACGGAAUUCUGCUCGAAUUAAAGUUGCAAACAACUCCACUGACUUCGUAAACAAUGUUUUACAAAAAACCAGUACCGGAUCUGUCGAAGUCAACAUUGACAAAAUCCUCAAGUAAUAAUAAUUUUAAUGUUUCUUCUUGAAGUUGAAGAAAAUAUAUAGCUAUCUUGUUUAUUAGUCAUACGGCUUAUUUUUUAUGAAUAUAUUGUUAUUUUGUUACUAUUUAAUGAUAAGCAUACUUAUGAAUAAUUCAAAUGCAUAUUUUCGAAUGAUAUUUGGGAAAAACUAGAAAAACAACCUAUAAUGUGAAAGAUUAUGAUCAACUGUCUUUUCUGAAGCAUAAAUAAAUUAUCUCUUUGUUUUAUUUAA